CUCCGGCCUGCGAUGCCGCCCUCAGCAGCACACAAUGUGUGACGUAGAACGCACACGACCAGACAUGGACCUCAACAGCACAACAGACACGCCUACCCCGGAAAUAAACUGUGACCACGCCCCCAGCCUCGCUGUCAUCCUCAAUGCUACCGUCAGUGUGCUGCUUUCGCUACAACUUGACCUCGUAGGGGUCAUCUAUGACCACACUGCCGCCCACGAGGUGGCGCUCCUAGUCCCGCUGCUGUCCCGGCAUGCCGUCCGGGUGGUGACGUAUUCAGCCCAUGACGUCAUCAACAUGCAGACGACAGCCAACUACCUGGACGUCAUGAGCGGGUCGUCGGAGAGGUCUGUGUCUCUGGUCGUCUCGGCGGACGUGAACGUCAGUGUGGGCGUCUUCCACAGUGUGUCUAUGCGUCAGGCACAGAUGGGCAAACAGAGCGGCCUUGACCUAUAUACCAAGUGGUUGACCCCCCUUCCCUGUGGGGUCAUGACCUCCAGAAUUGAGGAAGUGACCCGUGACCUUUACAACGUGGCGGCAGUUGUCCCCCGUGGGGGGUCUGACGUCAGAUGUAACGGAACCUGGUUCUAUCUGGAUGUCGUCACUUUGAUAGUGAAACCAGAAGGUAAACGGUUCGAGUCCAUCGGCGACAUGAGAGACGAUCACCUCAGCCUUCACACCGAGGUUUUCCCCAACGCCAGGCGUGGACUUAACGGUCAACAUUUCUACGUAGGACUUUACGUGGUGCUGGGCUUUAUCGGGGUAUCCCUGCUGGGGGGCACUCUGCUGUACGCCCUUCUGGGCAUCCUGUCGCCCCGGGACGAGAAAAAGAGGCGGGGAAACUACGUCAUGCAGUUCCUGGCAGAGACCAAUGACGAGGGCGGCGUGCUCGGGGCGGCGCUUAUUCAGCACGGUUUGGAAGAGCUGCCGGCCUAUGGUUCCCGCCGUUUCUUCCUGGCCUUCUGGUGGAUGUUCUGUAUCGCCGUGGCGGCAACGUACCGCGGGAACCUGAUGGCCUUCCUGCUGGUGGCCAAGGAAGAGCUGCCCUUCACCACGCUUAGCGAGCUGGCUAGCCAGGACACCUAUACCUGGGGCGUCACUGGAUCCACAGUGGUCGAGUAUCUCUUUAAUGUGUCAAAGCGUACUGACUUCCGUAUGCUGGGGGAAGGCCUGGAGAGGUUCAAGGCCAUUGACCCCGACACAAACAGCCUUGACCCCAUGGUUCACUACAACAAAGUUCAGCAAGGUCACUACGCCUACAUCAGUGACAUGGUGCCUAUGGAGAUCUGGGUGACAAAAGACUGCAAUCUAAAAUUGCUCAAAGAGACUGUUAUACCGCUGCCUUUCGUGAUCGGGCUACAAAACAACUCAGCAUAUGUCACUACCUUCAACACACACCUGCUUCACAUCGACCAGAUCGGCCUGUACCAGGUGUGGAAGAAGAAGUGGUGGCCCCGGGGCGGCAAGUGCUCCAUCAGCUCGCAAUAUGGCACCAAGAAGGUGGUGUCACUCAGAGAGGCUCAGUCCGCCUUCUUCAUCCUAGGGGCGGGGCUUGGCCUCGCUAUGCUCCUCCUCCUGGCCGAGUCCCUGUGGGCCUCGCACAGAUGUAGACAGGCCAGGGGGAGCAUCAUGGAGAGACUUCACACGAGGACCGUCCAGCUAGACCUGCCAGAAGUGCAUGACGUGCGCCGGAGAGACGACGCAACCACGCCCCCACCGGUCGCUCAACUGUGUCAGGCCAGCAUAACCGCUCUCUAGACAGUUAUAGACGUAAACGUUUUACGAACCUGGUAACACAUUUUUGAUACAGUAUAACACGGAUAGCUCAAAUUCGUCGGGACCGGCCUUGGUAACUUUCGAGGGAUCCGUAGU